CAAAAAAACAUAGCUCUACCGUUCACUUCACACUUGGUUGCAUGCCGCUUGUUCCGAAUCUCACUCGGUGAUGGACAUCUUUCAUAACCUAGGAGGGAAGCGAAAUCAAAAUAAAAGACGCCAACCUGAUACAAGUAAUUCCCAGUAUCAGUUUGCAGCCAGUCAACAUUCAGACCAACAGCACCCUGCAGCGGCAAUUGUAAACAGCUUCUCGAACGGAGAUCAAGCUUACGCACCGACAACGCAGGCGUCAUUCCAGGAAAACUGGGAACAAGAACCAGGAGCGUCAGUUCGUAGCUCACAAUCGUCACAUUCAUUUCUAUCUCAGAACGACAACAGUGGAAGUGAUGGCGGAGGCACAUGGACCAGCUCCAUGCUAUCAUCGUCAACAGUUAGCGAUCGACCGUCAGAUGAAGAAAUUGAGCGUUUGUUUGCGAAAACAGCGUCGCGUUUGAAUCUUAAUCUUAGCGAUGAAGGCGUUCGAAUGAUGCCAGUGGAGAAAAAGUGGUGGGUUCUAUGUAACGAAGGUCAAUUAAGCAAGUUAGGGCCAGCGAUGAAUCAGCGCAAAUCUUCUGGCAAAGGCCCUGUCGUCAGUUCCAAAACCAGCACCGUACAAACUAGUAAGGAGGACAAAAACACACCUGAGUGGUACAUAGCGAAACUGAUGAAACCAGAAAUGCGAGAAGUUACUCCGAAGCUUGUGAAUCAUCUGGUUGUGAGCCUACGAACAAUGCCACUGAGCUGGGUCAGACAGUUUAUAGAUCUUCGAGGUAUGCAAAUUGUUGCCAAUACCUUGGGAGCUUUGACGAAGAAGGCAAGCAAAUCAUCGCAAGACACGCAGAUGGAAACGGAUCUUGUCAGAUGCCUAAAGUCAUUGCUUAACAACAUGUACGGUAUUGGAGAGGCGUUGGGCAGUUCUCAUUGCAUUGAGAGCUUGACCUUUACACUAGUCUCAUCAUCUAUGCAAGCGAGAAGAUUGGCUUGUGAAGCCUUAACAUUUCUCUGCUACUGUGAUAUUCCAAAAGGACAUACAUUAGUGUUAGAGUCAAUGAAUGCACUUCAAGACUGGUACCAUGAUACGUCCCGCUUUGACACGUGGCUUAGAGCUUUAAGCCAGAUGUUGGAUGGAAGAGGCAAAAUGGGUUCCAUGGUCGGUGCAAGUGAUGAUUACCGUAAAAUGGGAAACACUGCUGCUGACAACCAGCUGAUGGAGUAUGCAUUGGCAAAUAUACUACUUGUCAAUGCUAUUGUCAGCCUAGAAACGGUGGAACAGUUGGAAAGACGAAUAGGUAUCAGAGAUCAGCUGAACAAUUCCGGGCUACAGAAGCUACUGAAGCAAAUGGACAACUUUGGAUAUGAACUUCUCAGUCGUCAAAUUGACAGAUACCAAGAACUGGCCGAUGCUGACCAUGAAGAUUUGUAUGGUGGCAUGAUACAGAAUACAAGCGAGGAUCCACAUGAAAUAUUGGAAUCUCUCCUCAACACCACCGGAGGCAGACGAGCAUACGGAUUCUUUGUGGAUAUGUUACAACAUAUGACAUUAAUACCAGAAGAAGAGGAAUCGCAGACACGGUAUUUUCAGAUCUUGAACUCCAUUGUGUCUGACGUGAUAUUGGAGAAAAAGGAAUUUUCUGCUGAUGCACCGAUUAGUGUCAGUAAUCUUGCGGCCAAAUUUGUAGACCAAGAUGAGCUUGAGCAAGCAUUAGUUGAGGCAGCAGAAGCCCAUGAAGCGGCAGAAGAAGCUCAGCAGCGAGUAGCAGAGUUAGAAUUAGAGGUAUCUGCUAAAGCAGAUGGGCUGGUUGGUCAAUUGAAGGCGAAGAACGAACAUCUUGAGGAAUUACUUCGAAUUUCGACUCAUACAGUUGAAACGCUACAGAGGCAGUUAAGCGACGUUCAAGCAGAAUAUAAGCAGAAUCUGGAAGCAAUGGAUACACAGAUGUUGCGCUUUUAUGAAAUCCUGAAGCAGAAGAAUUCCUCGAGUUCAGCUAGUGCUAGCAAACCUACUUUAAAAGGACGACGGAGUAAAGACAGUGAUGUCAAGACAUGGAACGUUCCUGACAAUGACCACCAAGAUGUACUUGAUGAAGCAUCACUCAUAAGUCCAACGGAAGGUCUUUCUGACAAUUUCAAACAAUCGCUCAAAUCAAAGUUGUUCGCUAGUAGCGGUAAACUUUUACCAAAACUUCUUACCAAAUCCUCCUCGGCUUCUUUAGAAGCCAAAGCGUCAGCUACUACCACUUUAGACCAAUCGUCGGGACUAGAGUCUGAUGGUGAGAUUGGUGAUAAAUCAUCUAUUGCCAGUGGUCAAGCUUCAAGUCCUGUAGUAGAUUCUCCUGAACCAACUCUGGAUGUGUCACUGGAAAGUAUGAAGUUGAGCUCGAGAGAUAUUGAUGCAAAUGGUGCAGUAAGCGGCGAUACGGCACCGCCUCCCCCACCACCUCCACCGCCUCCGCCGCCACCGCCUCCUCCUCCACCGCCGCCAAUGCCUGGCACCGGUAUACCUAUACCUCCCCCUCCACCACCACCUCCCCCUGGAAUUGGUAUGGCUCCUCCACCACCCCCGCCCCCACCACCAUCAACUCCAUCUUCACAAAGCAGCUCUACUGCUUCUACACCACCCCCGCCCCAUCCCGCUCAUCCUUCGUUACUUGCUACGGCCAAUCGUAAAAUGAGCUCUUAUCAACCGAAGGUCAAAACCAAAGUCGUGCAGUGGGAUAAGUUGAAUCGACAGGGAAUAAAUGAGACUCUCUGGGACCCUAAUAUCACCAGUGACGAGAAGCGACAGAAAGCAGCAAAGUUCGAAGCAGAAUUGGCUACCUCAGGAGUGUUCGAUGAAAUUGAAAAAUCAUUUGCACAAAAACAAGUGGCUGAAUUCAAGAUUAAAACUGCAAAGGCAGCACUACAGAUAAUAGACUCUAAGAAGGCGUACAACUUGAAUAUAUUCAUUGGAAGUCUUGUAAAACAAAUAUCAUUUGAUCAACUAAAACCAAGGCUGUUGGCAAUGGAUCCUGUCUUUGAUGAUGAACAGUUGCUGAGUACUUUGAUUCGAUACGAGGCUUCAGACAAAGAGAAGGAAGAUCUGAAGAAGUAUAUCAGCAAUCCGGAUAAUGAUCAAAAUGCUCUAUCGGAGCCAGAUAAAUUCUGUUUGGAGAUGACAUCGAUUCAACGGUACCGCCAGCGCAUCGAAGCUAUGCUUUUCAAAAGCACAUUCCCGGACAAAAUUGCAUUUGUUGAUCAGCAACUGAGUGCUGUUCUGGACGCCUCCAAAUCCGUUCGAAAUGCGAACAACUUUACCGAUCUCCUAACGCUCAUUCUCAUUCUUGGUAACUUCUUGAAUGGAUCCGGUCAUCGUGGUGGCGCAUUCGGCAUCAAACUUGCAAGCAUUAACAAGUUAACGGAUACUAAAAGCGAUGGUACCACACCUACACUUCUUCACUAUAUAACAAAAGUAGUGCAACAAAAGUUCCCGGAAAUGUCAUACUUCAUGAUCGAACUGCGGCCCACCGAACAAGCUCAGAAAGUGGUCUUAAAGGAUGUCAUGGAGGAAUAUAAGGCGCUGGAGAAUGGAUUGAAAAGCUUGGGAGUUGAAUUAGAGGAACAAAGGAAAUUGAAGGAAGGCGAUUCUACUGAUCAGAAUGAUCAAGAUCUGUUCCUGAAGACCAUGGACGAGUUUUAUGCUGCUGCAAGAGAUCAUUUCUCCAAAGUACAAGUCAUUUGCCAGGAGAUGUGUGAAGCAUACGACACGGCCGUCAAAUACUUUGGAGAAGAUCCUGAAAAAAUGCUUCCAGAUGAAUUCUUUGGAAUCUUGUUCCGGUUCCGAGCAAGUUGGAAGGGUGCGGUUGAUGAUUUGGAAGCAGCACGGUUGAAGAAGGAAAGGUUGGAAAAACAAAUGCGUCUUGCCCAAGAACGCAAAAACCGCCCCAAGAAGGUUGUUUCUCCCAAGAGUAAAGGCAUCGCCGUCAAUACCAGCGAUGAAAGCGAAACGGCUUACUUGGAUGAGCUCAUGGAAAAUCUACUACAAACCAGCGGAAGGGAAGUUCGAAUAAGAAAAAGGAAUGAGAGAGGAACGCAGCGUCAGUCCAAGCCGCUACCAAAAGAACCCGAAGUCAAAUCUGAAAAUGCCGAUUCGAUAGCUCUGAGAGCAAAGUCGUUACUUUCCUCCAUGAAAGACGAUGAUUAUGUGCCAUCCAGCAACUCGACACAACCUCUUGAUAUAGCUACGCCUACAAAGGGAUUCAUAUCAACACUUUCAUCUGAUUCAGAUAACGAAGACGACGAUGAAGAAUCAUCGCCUGCUGAACAGAACCCUCCUGUGAGGAACAGAUCAAGACAAGUAAUCACAGAGACAAACAGACGAUCCAUAACCAGCGAUAACUCGUCGUCAAUUAAACGACCAAUGAAAUCUGCAAGACGAAGGCAACCACUAGAUUUAUCCAUUUCACAAGCUGCGCGUGCACGCCGGCGUGGAUCAUGAGCCUCUUCAAAAUACAAUUGCGCGGCGCAAAAUUCCCUACCGGUCAAAAAGAAAUCAGGGAGAAAAGUACCGUAGAUGUUGCUAUCAUAGUUGUAUAUGCCAUUGUAAUGUUCCUAGAUUGAUUUCGUCUCAUAUUAUUAAUUGUGUUCAUACCUUUCGCCUCAUUUUGUCAUGUACAUAAACAUUUGACCACCUAAGUGAAUUCCACCAUGAAAACGUAGCCACUGGUCUUCUUCCCAACUUACAGUAGUCUUUACUUGACUACAUCCAAAUAAAGCUUGAUGACUGGUACAUGA